AUGGCCAACCAGAACCAAACAGACAACUCAGAAAUAACCCUUUUGAGGAUCUCCAGUAGACCUGAAUAUCAGAGUCUUUUCUUCCUGCUUUUUCUGUCCAUUUAUUUGCUGACCCUUCUAGGGAAUUUUCUCAUUGUCUUGCUUAUCCGCUUAGACAAACGUCUCCUUCAGGCCCCAAUGUACUUCUUCCUGUGCCAUCUCUCCCUGGCUGACAUCAUUUUUGUUUCCACUACUGUUCCCAAAAUCCUGAUAAAUCUGAUGUCUCAGACUCAGACCAUCGCCUUCAAUGAGUGCUUGACCCAGAUGUAUUUCUUUCUCACCUCUGGUAACACAGAUAACUUCCUCCUUGCCUGCAUGGCUUAUGACCGCUAUGUGGCCGUCUGUCACCCACUUCAUUAUGUCAUUGUGAUGAGCCACAAGCGCUGCCUAUUUUUGGUUUCUGGAUCCUGGAUCAUUUCUGGGCUCCACUCUUUACUCUACACCCUUCUGAUAUCACGCCUUUCUUUCUGUACCUCUAUGGAAAUCCCUUAUCUUUUCUGCGAUGUCUAUCCUCUCUUGGAAUUCUCCUGUUCUAAUACAAGACACAUAAAGUUCUUGGCACAGACGGAAGGGGUGGUGGAUUUGCUGGGACCUUUAGCCAUCAUCACGAUCUCCUAUGCACUCAUAUUCUCCACCAUCUUGAAAAUUCCCUCAGCAGCUGGGAAAUUCAAAGCGGUUUCCACCUGUGGCUCACAUCUGGCUGUGGUGAUCUUGUUCUACAGCACUAUCAGCUGCCUUUAUUUCCAGCCUCCCUCUGCAUACUCAGCCCAAAAAGGCACUUUUAUCUCUCUCUUGUAUGCAGUGUUGAUACCAAUGCUGAAUCCCUUCAUCUAUACGCUAAGGAACCAGGAGGUAAAGUCAGCAAUAGUGAGACUUCUUGACAAGAUAUGUUCAUCAAGAAUCAUAAGGUACAACACUUAA